AUGGAAGCGGCCGGCGGCCGUCCGACCGGCCCAGUCGACCGCUGAGCGUCCGCCGAGCCGCCGCGCCGCGAGCCGCGAGCCGCCGACCGGCCCGUGACCGCCGCCGCCCCCGCCCCCGCCCAGAGCCGAGGAUACGGCAGGACCGAUCACGGCACAGUGGACAUAGAGAGAGGAAAGGAGGGGAGAGUUUGGUGGUGUCGUGUCCCAGCCUCCGUCCGGAUUGGAUCGUCGACUCAGGUUCCCAGCACCAAUGGCAGGCGCCGCUCGGUAGCCGCGACUGCAGCGCCGCCUACCGGUGACCUUCCGAGGAUGGGCCUGCCGGGCCGACCGUUCCGUGCCUUCGCCGCCGCCGCCGCCGGCCGCGCUGCCGCCCCGACCGUACCACCUCCGCUGGAGCCUCGGACUGCGCCUGAGCCCGUGAGCCGAGCAGUGCUGCGGCCCUCCGCCGCCCAGUGACGUCCAGUGACGCCCAGUGACGUGUGUGACGUGACGCGCCGUGACGCGCCCCGAGGUGACGCCAGGUGACGUGUGUGAGGUGAUAACGAUGAGCGCGAUGGAUGUGAACGAUUCGUCGUCGGCGAUGGAGACAGAGUCGCCGGCCGACAGCCGGCCCGCCGGCGAGACCGCCUUCCGGCCCAUGAACCCAGCCAUGGGCUGGCCCCUGGGAGCUGCUGUGUUGAACCGGCCCAUGUGGCAGCCGGACUUGGCGAACGCCCAGCUGGAGGCUGCCAUCAACCAGACCCACAGACUGGCCAUCAAACAGGAAUACGACGACAUGGUGACCAGCACGGGGUCGAGGGAACAUCAGCUCUUCACCGACACAGAUCUAGCUAAUUCAAAGACGGACAGUGACCGGCCGAGCAGUCCGGGGCCGACGCGCAGCGACUCGGGCUGUGAGGUGAACCACUCUGGCCCGUUCACUCCCAGCGCGUCUCCGCCGCUGUCCCGCGCCAGCCACGGCUACCACAACUCCCCGGACCUGUCCCGGGCGGGCCGCAUGUACUCCCCCACCGCCUCGCCGCUGCAGGCGCGACACUUCUCCGGCUACUCUUCGCCCUACUCGCACACGCCCAGCACGGGCCUGUCGCGCAACAACUCGGACGCGUCGCAGUACGGCGGCUCCCAGUACUCGUGCUCGUCGGUGUCCUCCCCGGGCGGCCAGUACUCGCCGGCGGCCUCCCCGGGUCAGAGUCGGCACCUGUACCGGCAGAGCCCCAUGCUGGGCCGGCACAUGGAGCACCUGCUGGGCCAGCACCCGCUCAACCUGACCCAGUCGGACUCGGAGAGCUGCGACGACAAGUCGCAGCUGGCCGCCGAGCUGGCCGCUCACUCGGCGCUCUCCGGACAGUCGGGCAUCAGCCGGCAGCAGCUCAUCAACAGCCCCUGCCCCGUCUGCGGCGACAAAAUCUCCGGCUUCCACUACGGCAUCUUCAGCUGCGAGAGCUGCAAGGGAUUCUUCAAGCGCACCGUUCAGAACAAAAAGAACUACGUGUGUCUGCGCGGAGCCGGCUGCCUGGUGACGAUAGCCACGAGAAAAAAGUGUCCCGCCUGUCGCUUCGAGAAGUGCCUCAACAUGGGCAUGAAGCUAGAAGCGAUUCGGGAGGACCGGACGCGCGGCGGCCGGUCGACCUACCAGUGCACGUACACGGUACCGCAGUCGCUGGCCGGCGGCGCGCCCGGCUCCGAGCUGCUCCAUCAGCCGCACGUAAAGAUGGAGCCCUCGGAGGGCGGCUCGCCCGACGACCGGCCCGCCACGCCGCCGCUGCUCAAGCAAAUGAUGGAGGUGGAGCACCUGUGGCACCCCUCGCCGGCGGACAGUGUGCCCUCACCGGCGUCAGCGCAGCCCUCGGGGAUCGCCGCGGCCGCCGCCGCCGCCGGCGCUGCCUCCGGCGACUACAGCAACCUCUGUAACGUGGCCGACCACCGGCUCUACCGCAUCGUCAAGUGGUGCAAGAGUCUGCCGCUCUUCAAAAACAUCCACAUUGACGACCAGACGGCGCUGCUCAUCAACACGUGGUGUCAGCUGCUGCUGCUCACCUGCUGUUUCCGCUCGCUAGAGACGCCCGGGCACAUCCGGAUAGCCAACGGACGCUCACUCAGCAUGCAGGAGGCCAACGCCAUCGGCGUGGGUCGCUGCGUGGAGCGUAUGAUCGCGCUCACCGAUCAACUGCGCCGGCUCAAGGUCGACUAUUACGAGUAUAUCGCGCUCAAGGUCAUCAUUCUUCUGUCGUCGAGUGGUGACUCGUCGUCGCUGAAGGAGCCGCAGAAGGUGUCCACCACGCGGGAGCAGGUGCUGCACGCGCUGCAGCAGUACACCAUGUCCCACUCGGCCGACAUGCCCAGCAAGUUCGGCGAGCUGCUGCUGCGCAUCCCGGAUGUGGAGCGCGCCUGUCAGCUGGGCAAGGAGCUGAUCGCGGCGCGGGCCAGCACAGACGGCGGCCCCACCUUCGAUAUCCUGUUUGAGUUGCUCAGGGGCGACUGAACGACCGCAGAGGCGGUCGUCUGAGCGCGUCAUGUGCCGAUGCCGUCCGUGGGCCGCGGUCGCUGGCGACCCGCCGCUCACCGCUCCACACACAUUCCAGCCGCGUCGUCCGCCGCCGGCGCGGCGCCAGUGCCAAACGCAGCCCGAGCCGCGCCACACGCCUCACUUGGCGCCGGCGCGCGCACGAGCCGCCGCCGCCCGGCGCCGCCGUGUGCCGGGCGGCCCCCGUCCCGCCGCCGAGAGCUAGUCGCCAAGUGAAGUCGUGUGGGCUGUGUUUCUGGCGGCCGGUCCUGCCGCGCCUCGGCAGGCUCCGAGGCGGCGGAGAGGGCCGGCCGCCGCCUCCCGGGCGGCCGCGACGCCGGCCAGCCGACCCGACCUGCCCAGUGCCAGCUCGGCUUACCGGCGCCGGCCGCCCGUCCCGCGCCCGAGAGCGGCGCCCCGCGCUCCGACACGGCUCCCCCACAGCGGGCCAGCCGGCCGGCCGAACGGAGCGAGUCGCGGAGCCAGCGCCGCGGUCCGAGGCACCACCACUCACCACAGCACGCGCGAGCCGAGACAACUCUGCGUCCUUUGCAGAAAGUGACGCAGACGUUGGUGCCGCGCGCGGGUGAGACCGGGCGCUGCCCCGCUCGCGCCGACCGGCCGCCGGCGGCGCCCCUGGUCCCGGGGCGCCCGCGGAGCCGGGAGCGUCGCCGUCUCGGUGUGAUCAGUGACCGGUGCAGCUAUGUGUCCAAUGGUGAGCCUUACUCAGCGUGCCCGUGCGCUCGUACCUCUGACGAGGCUAAACAUACUGUAUUGUUCACUAUUUUGUUGUACAAACUGGUGCUGUUUUGUGAGAGAACGAGAGAGACGGAAUGAGAGUAUAUGGAAAAUGCAAUGCCAAAAGCGAUUUUAUUAAUACAUUUGUACAUUGUA